UUUCGUACGAAGUGACGAAAACCUGACACGAAUUUGAAAAAACUGAAAAUUGUUUUUUAACAUCCUCGUACGCAGAAGAUCUUGGACCUUGAAACAUAAGCAAUUAAAAAACAUGUAUUGUUUGCGAUUCCUGAGGAGAAACAAGUUAAACACUUUUUCAAUCUCGUCCUUUGCUACUGUAACCAACCACACUAAAACCCACCAUGCUUAUGAUCACGACCAUAGCAAUGUCAUCGCUUCGAACCAGCUCAUCGCGAGUUACGUCCGAUCCGGUGACAUUGAUUCUGCUCUCCGUGUGUUUCAUAACAUGACAGUGAUAUCUACAACUACCUGGAACACUAUCCUAGGUGCAUUUGCAAAGAAACAUGGGAAUUUCGAACGCGCUCGCCAACUGUUUGAUAAAAUUCCCGAACCAAACACUGUUUCGUAUAAUACAAUGUUGGCGUGUUAUUUGCACCAUUUUGGAAUUCAUAAUGCCCGUGAUUUCUUUGACUGGAUGCCUGUUAGGGAUACAGCGUCGUGGAAUACUAUGCUUUCGGGUUAUGCUCAGGUUAGGAUGAUGGAUGAGGCGCGGAGAUUGUUAGUGGCAAUGCCGGAGAAAAACUGUGUUACGUGGAGUGCGAUGGUGUCUGGAUAUGUGGCUUGUGGGGAUUUAGAUGCGGCUGUGGAGUGUUUUUACGCUGCACCUAUGAAGAGUGUGAUUACUUGGACUGCGAUGAUCACUGGGUACAUGAAAUUUGGGAGGGUUGGAUUGGCGGAAAUGUUGUUUUGGAAAUUGAGUUUGAAGACUUUGGUGACCUGGAAUGCUAUGAUUGCUGGGUAUGUUGAUAAUGGUAGAGCAGAGAAUGGGUUAAAGCUUUUUAAGACAAUGUUGGAAACUGGGGUUAAACCUAAUGCUUUGAGCUUGACUAGUGUGUUGUUGGGUUGUAGUGAUUUAUCAGCUUUGCAGACGGGAAAACAAGUUCAUCAGUUAGUUUGUAAAUCUCCAUUGAGCAGGGAUACAACUGCAGUAACUUCAUUGAUUAGCAUGUAUUCUAAGUGUGGGGAUCUUAAGGAUUCGUGGGACUUAUUUGUUCAGAUUCCGCGGAAAGAUGUUGUAACAUGGAAUGCAAUGAUUUCUGGUUACGCUCAACAUGGAGCUGGCGAAAAGGCUCUUCAUUUGUUUGAUGAGAUGAAAAAGAGUGAGAUAAAGCCAGAUUGGAUUACUUUUGUUGCAGUGUUAUUAGCUUGUAACCAUGCAGGAAUGGUAGAUCUUGGGACCAAAUACUUUAACUCAAUGGUAAAGGAAUUUGGUAUUAAAACUAGGCCAGAACACUAUGGAUGCAUGGUUGAUCUUCUUGGCCGAGCUGGUAGGUUAUCUGAGGCUGUAGAUAUGGUAAAAAGUAUGCCUUUUAAGCCACAUCCUGCCAUAUUUGGUACACUUCUGGGUGCUUGUAGGAUUCAUAAAAGCAUGCACAUGGCUGAGUUUGCUGCUAAGAAUCUGCUUGAGCUUGAUCCAACUAGUGCAACUGGAUAUGUUCAAUUGGCUAAUGUUUAUGCAGCACAAAGCAAAUGGGAACAUGUUGCUAGAGUCCGAAAAUCAAUGAAAGAAAAUAAUGUUGUGAAGCCACCUGGAUAUAGUUGGAUUGAAAUAAACAACGCUGUGCACGAGUUUAGGUCAAAUGACAGGCUACACCCUGAGUUGGUUUCUAUACAUGAAAAACUAGAUAAAUUGGAGACGAAAAUGAAGUUGGCCGGUUAUGUGCCAGACCUUGAAUUUGCAUUGCAUGAUGUGGGAGAGGAGUUGAAAGAACAGCUUCUUUUACGGCAUAGUGAGAAACUAGCAAUUGCAUUUGGACUUUUAAAGGUACCAUUAGGGGUACCAAUCCGGGUGUUUAAAAAUUUGAGGGUUUGUGGAGAUUGCCACUCUGCAAUCAAGUACAUCUCAGCAAUAGAAGGAAGAGAAAUCAUUGUAAGGGACACCACAAGGUUUCAUCAUUUCAAGGAUGGGUUAUGCUCCUGCAGCGAUUACUGGUAAGUUUGACGGCGUUCAGAUACAACAAUGGUGUUAAAUUUAAGGGUAUGCUUUUAUUGCAAGAGCAAUGAUGUCAUGCUCUUCACCUUGAAGUUUAUUUGGAAUCAGAUUCACAAAAAGAAACCUCAAGGUUCAUUGCUCUAGCAUCGCAUUAAGUUGGCUAUGAUGUUGAAAAUGAACUCAAAGUAGUUAGUAGCCUGCUCUAGACAGACUAAGAGCAAGAGAAUGCAAUUGAUUGCUGCUUGCCAGCACCCCAUGAACAAGUGCUUACCCAACUGUAGCCUCAAGAAAAUAAAAGCAAUACGCCGUCCCAAAAUACGUGACCUUUUUGACUGUUGGCAUCUAUCCAUGGUGGUGCAAUGGAGUUGGGAGCAUCAGUUGCUUACUGAAUUUAUUAUUUUUAUUUGAAAAUUCUUUAAUUUUUUAUAACUAGUUAAAUUAUCAUUAUUGAGGAUUUUCGCAUAGAACUAGCCUGGACUUCAAAAUGCAGGUGAUUUGGUUGGGAAAAAUUGGAGUUGUUGGAAUACUACUUGACGAGCAUAACUUUGUGAUUUUUAAAGAGAGCUGCUUGUCUAAAUUACGUUCGAGUAGUUUUCAUAGGUGGUGGAUGAUUAUGCAUGUAAAACUGGAUUCCUGCAUAUUUGCAGUGGAUUGUUUCAACUUUCUUAAUCCUUUCACAUCUUGUGGUUGGGUUUUAGUUU